AACAAAUGGCUGAAAUAUACACAAAGGCAAUGUUCCAAAAGUUUGAACAGGAGCUAAUGCAAAGUUUACCGUGUUUUAUGGAACUGAAAAUGGAUGAUGCUUCCAAAGCUAUCUAUAAAGUGAGUGAAAGGAAAAGGGGGAAAACAAGAGUGACAGAAGUUGUAUAUGAUAAAUAUUCCGAUCAAUGGUCGUGUAGCUGUAAAGGAUUUGAAUUUAUUGGAAUUCUUUGUUGCCAUGCGCUGGCAUUGUUAAAAAGGGAGCAAAUUGAAUAUCUGCCCAAUAAAUACAUUUUGAAUAGAUGGAAGAAAACUACAAAAUCUGGACUUGUGUCAGAUUCAAAUGGCAAUGAAAUUAAAGAUUGUGAGAACAAUUCUCUCCUAAUAAAGCGAAGUAGAAUGUCCAGACUUGCUUCAGAUGUAAUUGAGCAUGCCUUAAUGUCCGAAGAAGGUUGUGAGCUAUUGUCAAAUAAUCUAAACGAUACGCGGGUGAUGUUGAAGUUAUUGAAUGAUGGGAUUGGUCCUAGCGAAGUUGGAGGGUCCAGCUCCCAAACACGAUAUUUGAAGGACCCUAAGAGAGUAACACACAAAGGAAGCUCAAAACGAGUGAAGGGAGCAAAGGAAACGAGAAUGGAGCGAGGGAUCCGACAUUGUCAGCAGUGUGGACAAACUAGUCAUGAUAUAAGACGAUGCCCAAGAAUGGCGAACACAUCGACAUCUCCGUCAAACAAUGAAGAAUCAACUCCAAUCAAUCUUAGUGACCCGUUAUUCGAUGAAUUUGAUAGCAUGCAUGGACCUACCAAGUGAUUUAUGUUUUUACUAUACGAAGCUCAUUUGCUGUCAAUAUUGGUGAGCAUUUUGAAAUAUGAUUCAAUAUGAAGAAAUCUUAUUAUUUUGUGUUGUUUCGUUUUGUAUCAGCUUUUAUGUUUUUUUUCUUGAUUGGUUUUGGUUUUCUUUGAAGUUUUUUUGUUUCUCGAUUGGUGGUGUUAAUUUUUUGGAGCCUUUCUUUCUUG